AUGGAGGGCCAGAUGACCAUGUUUGCUUAUUACUUUGUUGGAAUUGGAAUUGCUGUAUUGAUUCUCAGUUAUUUUCAAAUUGCCUUUUGGGUGACUGCUGCAGCCCGUCAGAUCCAGACCAUAAGGAAGACUUUCUUCCGGAAAGCGAUGUGCAUGGAGAUCGGCUGGUUUGACUGCAAUUCUGUAGGGGAAUUAAACACAAGAAUAUCAGAUGACAUCAACAAGAUUAACACUGCAAUUGCAGACCAAGUGUCCAUCUUCAUCGAACGGAUCUCCACCUUCAUCUUCGGCUUCUUGGUGGGGUUCAUCGGUGGCUGGAAGCUGACCCUGGUGGUUAUUGCUGUGAGCCCUUUGAUAGGUCUCGCUGCUGGAUUAAUGGCCAUGGCAGUGGCGAAGCUGACAGGUUGGGAGCUGCUAGCCUACGCCAAGGCGGGGGCCGUGGCAGAUGAGGUGCUGUCCUCCAUCAGGACCGUAGCGGCCUUUGGAGGAGAGGAGAAAGAGGUCGAGAGGUAUGACAGGAACUUGAUUGAGGCUCAGACCUGGGGUGUUAGAAAGGGAACCAUCAUUGGUGUGUUUCAAGGUUAUCUCUGGUGCAUCAUUUUUUUGUGCUAUGCUUUGGCUUUUUGGUACGGCUCAAAGCUGGUCAUCGACACCAAGGAGCUCUCUCCUGGGGCCCUAAUUCAGGUUUUCUUCGGUGUUCUCAUGGCCGCCAUGAACCUGGGCCAGGCCUCACCCUGCCUGGAGGCUUUUGCCUCUGGCCGUGCCGCGGCAAAGACCAUCUUCGACACUAUCAACAGGGAACCAGAAAUUAACUGUUUCUCGGAAGAUGGGCACAAAUUAGAGAAGGUGACAGGUGACAUUGAAUUCCACGGUGUCACAUUCGACUAUCCAUCACGGCCAGAAAUAAAAAUACUAGAUGAUUUGAACCUGCUGGUCAAAGCAGGAGAAACCACAGCUUUUGUUGGACCAAGCGGAUCAGGAAAAAGCACCGUAGUCCAGCUCAUCCAAAGAUUCUACAACCCAAAGGAAGGCAUGGUGACCCUAGACGGCCAUGAUAUCCGGGGACUGAACAUCCAGUGGCUCCGCUCUCUGAUCGGUAUCGUGGAGCAGGAGCCCGUGCUGUUCGCCACCACCAUCGCCGAGAACAUCCGCUACGGCAGGCCAGGCGUGUCCAUGGAGGACAUUGUGAAGGCAACUAAGGAGGCCAAUGCCUACAACUUCAUUAUGGACCUGCCCCAGAAAUUCGAGACCCUAGUGGGGGAGGGAGGGGGUCAGAUGAGUGGAGGACAGAAGCAGAGGAUAGCCAUCGCUCGAGCCCUGGUCCGGAACCCCAGGAUUUUACUGCUGGACAUGGCCACCUCUGCCCUGGACAACGAGAGUGAGGCUGUGGUACAGGAGGCACUAGAUAAGGCUCGCUCGGGUAGAACAACUAUCUCCAUUGCCCACCGCCUAUCCACCCUCCGCAAUGCAGAUGUCAUCAUUGGCUUUCAGUACGGGAGGGCCAUCGAAAGAGGCUCUCACAGUGAGCUACUGGCCAGGAAGGGCGUGUACUUCACCUUAGCGACACUGCAGAACCAAGGUGGUGACACAUCCCAACACAAGACAAAGCAGACUCCUGAGAGAAAAAUUGUUGAGGAACCAGACAUCAAGACAAUUAACAGUUUCAGCGAUGUGAAUUAUGAAUCAUUGCGGAGGUCUCUGCGCCUGAGAUCCCACUCCCAGCUCUCCCAGAAUUUCCUCCCCGAUGCUGUAUCCAGAAUCCUCCAUUUUGAUUCUGAAAGCUUCUAUGAAGAUUUUGAUACUGAGAGAGCAAAGAAGAAGGUAGUAGACAAUGAAGGGGAAGAACAGAUUGAGUCGGCAACAGUAGCACGGAUCCUGAGCUACAACAGGACGGAAUGGCCCUACAUGGUGCUGGGUUCUAUAGGGGCAGGAAUAAACGGAGCGGUCAAUCCCAUUUACGCCAUAUUAUUCAGUCAAAUCCUCGGGACAUUUUCCAUCCAGGAUCUUAAUGAGCAAAGGAAUCAGAUAGAUGGAAUAUGUGUGCUGUUUGUCUUAGUGGCCAUUUUGAGCUUCUUCUCUCAGUUUCUACAGGGCUAUGCUUUUGGGGUGUCUGGUGAGCUGCUGACAAGAACACUGAGGAAACUGGGAUUCCAGGCUAUGCUGAGACAGGAGGUUGGGUGGUUUGACAACCCCAUGAACAGCCCCGGAGCUCUUACUACCAGGCUGGCCACAGAUGCGUCCAUGGUCCAAGGCGCGACAGGGUCGCAGAUCGGAAUGAUUGUCAGCUCCUUGACCAGUAUUGGAGCGGCUUUAAUCAUAGCAUUCUACUUUAGCUGGAAGCUAACCCUUGUGGUGACUUGCUUUCUGCCACUAAUUGGAUUGUCAGGGGGGUACCAAGCAAAAAUGCUGACAGGUUUCGCAAAGGAGGAUAAGAAAGCCAUGGAGGCAGCAGGUCAGGUUUCAAGUGAAGCUCUGGCCAACAUUCGGACCAUUGCUGGGUUAGCCAAGGAGAAACAAUUUGUGGACCAAUACGAGCAGCAACUGGAGGCACCGUAUAGAGUGAUCUCCGCCAUUGUGAUCAGCGGUACAGCCUUGGGAAGAGCUUCCUCCUUCACCCCAGAUUAUGCCAAAGCCAAGAUAGCAGCAGCACAGCUCUUUAAACUUCUGGACAGAGUACCCAAAAUCAGUAUGAGCCAGACUGAGGGAGAGUCUUGGGAUAAAUUCAAGGGAAACGUGGAGUUCAUUGACUGCAAGUUCACGUACCCGACCCGCCCAGACAUCCGGGUGCUGAACGGUCUGACAGUGUCCGUGAAGCCGGGCCAAACUCUGGCAUUUGUGGGCAGCAGCGGCUGUGGAAAGAGCACCAGCGUCCAGCUGCUAGAGAGAUUCUAUGACCCUGACCAUGGCACAGUGCUGAUAGAUGGCUAUUGCUCUUCGCGUGUCAAUGUCCCCUACCUGAGGUCACAGAUUGGGAUCGUUUCCCAAGAGCCGGUGCUCUUUGACUGCAGUAUUGCUGAGAAUAUCCAGUACGGAGACAACACACGAACCGUCAGCAUGGAGGAAGUCGUUGAGGCAGCAAAGAAGGCGUAUCUGCAUGAUUUUGUGAUGGGUUUACCAAAUAAAUAUGAGACUCAGGUCGGUGCUCAGGGCUCGCAGCUGUCACGAGGGCAGAAGCAGAGGAUAGCCAUCGCUCGCGCAAUCGUCAGAAACCCCAAAAUACUGCUCCUGGACGAGGCUACCUCUGCGCUGGACACAGAGAGCGAGAAGACGGUACAAGCCGCUCUCGAUGAGGCCAGACAAGGUCGCACAUGCAUUGUCAUAGCCCACAGACUGUCCACCAUCCAGAGGGCAGACAUCAUAGCCGUCAUGUCCCAGGGAGCUGUCAUUGAACAAGGGACACACGAAGAACUCAUGGCCAAGAAGGGUGCCUAUCAUAAGCUGGUUACAACAGGGGCACCCAUCAGUUAG